CACCGGCUCAGAUUAAGGAGAGGGGGUGGGGAGUGUGAUUGGAAAUAUAAUCAGCUCGCAUUUCUCGACAGCCAACCUGCGGAAUAAGUCGCAUCAGUGCGGCCUCGGACAAUGUUGCAGACGCUGAACUUGCUCCUGAUCCCCCUGCUACUGGCGGCGGCGGACAAGGAGAGUCAGGAGAAAGGGGCGAAGAACGGGAAUUUUUUGGAGGAUGAGCAAUGGCUGUCCAGUGUCUCCCCGUACAGCCAGCAGAUCAGAAAUUGGAACCGAUUCAGAGACGAUGAUUACAUCCGAACGUGGGAUCAGAAUCAGGCCUUUGAUGAGGCACUGGACCCCACCAAGGACCCCUGUCAGAAGGUGAAGUGCAGCAGACACAAAGUGUGCAUCUCCCAGGGGCAGCAGAGGGCCAUGUGCAUCAGCCGUAAGAAACUACAGCACAGAAUCAAGCAGUCGUCCGUGGAACAAGUGGAGCGUCCUUGCAAGCCGUGCCAGUCAGCUCCAGUGUCUCCUGUUUGUGGCACAGAUGGGCACACAUACACUUCCCAGUGCAAACUCGAGCUGCAGGUAUGCCUGACUGGGAAACAGCUUACCCAACAGUGUGCAGGCAAUUGCCCAUGUCCAGCAGAGCACAUGGCAACCUCUGAUCCAGGCAACAAACCAGCUGGAUGCACAGGCCAGGACCUCGCAGAUCUUGGCGAUCGACUCAGGGACUGGUUCCAACUGCUGCAUGAAAACGCCAAACAGAACAGCUCAGGCAGGAACACGGACGGCGUGGUGGAUAAGAACUUGGUGUCCAGCUGCAGGGAUUCGAUUGGCUGGAUGUUUUCCAAGCUGGAUACGAACGUGGACAUGUUCUUGGAUGAGACAGAGCUUGCAGCGAUCAACCUGGAUAAAUAUGAAGUCUGCGUGAGACCGUUCUUCAACUCCUGUGACACCUACCGGGAUGGGCAGGUUUCCAUGGCCGAAUGGUGUUUCUGUUUCUGGAGAGAAAAGCCCCCCUGCCUGGUUGAGCUGGAAAAGAUCCAACUGCAAGAGGCAGCACAGAAGGUGCCUGGUACUUACAUCCCAAGCUGUGAUCAGGAUGGUUACUACAGGAAGCUGCAAUGUAACACCUACUUUGGCGAGUGCUGGUGUGUGGAUCACCAAGGCAAUGAGGUGGCAGGAAGCCGCGUGAAAGGAAACCCUGACUGCGAUGACGUGAUCAGUUUCUCGGGAGACUUUGGCAGCGGAGUUGGAUGGGAGGAUGAGGAAGAGAAGGAAGCCGAGGAGAACGCUGAAGAAACGGAGGAGGAGGAGGGUGAAGUUGGGGAGGCUGACGAUGAUGGCUACAUUUGGUAGAAAAGCAACAGCUACUUACAGCCCUCCCAGCCAUUCAACACAUAUUCCUCACUCUUCAUACUUUGACUGAUAAUUAUCUCAUCCACUGUCCCACAGUGUACAUGAUCACCAGUAACAUCCCUGGCACCAGUGAGUACAUCAUUGACACUAUUAACUGCACUAUUUCAUGUGACUGAUUUAUCACAGUAAAUACCAAGAAAAGCACGAGACCAUCAGUGAGUGACCCUACUCACCACGGUAGAGUUGCCAACCACAGCCCAAAGCAUGAGUAGGGAGGGGGUUGAAUGAGGGACUCUGCUGUGGGAAAUACGAUCAAAAUAGUGUAAUAGUGAGAUCAGGAAAAUACAGACAAAAUGCUGGAGGAACUCAGCAGGUCAGGCAGCAUCUGUGGAAAAGAAUAAACAGUCGACGUUUUGGGCUGGCACUCUUCAUCAGGACCGAAACAUGUUGCCCGAACGGCGACUGUUUAUUCAUCUCCACAGAUGCUGCCUGAUCUGCUGAGUUCCUCCAGCGUUGUGUGUGUGUGUGUGUGUGUGUGUGUGUGUGUGUGUGUGUGUGUGUGUGUGAGUGGCUUGCUCCAGAUUUCCAGCUACUGCAGAAUCUCUGUGUGUUUGAGAUAAGGAACAGCUGUCUCAUUCUGAAGUAGUGAUGACUGAGCAUACAGUGAACUAUUUGCCCCUCUUGUCCCUUACUAGUUGCUCCUCGUCACUGAUACUACCCCACCCCCUCCCCAGCAGGCUGUCUCUCCCCUCUCUUUACACUGGAAGUUGCUUUAUGAGUUUUUAUUAAUGUUUGCAAAUUCCCGGUUCAGGCCGUGUAACAUUGCUAGGAGUUGUACAGCUGUGGCGGAGAGAGGAAGCAGCUCCAGGGUGUGUACACCCCCAGCCCCAGGGAAAUUUACUGCCACCAAAGGCUGGGGAAAAGCAGCAAUCACGGCACAUUGGGGUGAAGGUUUGACUUUGGCCAUGAGUGCUGAACAGAUGUCUCAGUGGAACAGGUUAAUGGCAGGGGCACCGUCAACAUAACUAGCCUGUUUGGCAUGAGCAGUCAAAAAAGGAUCGCUACCACGCGUGAAGAAUGUAGGGAUGGCAAGACUAGUCCUAGGAGCUUCGGCAUGAGGAUCAAGUCUUGGGUUUUGAAGUUGGCAUCUGGUCCGAUGGUAGGUGCCACCCAGUGAUAAUGCAUUUAGCACAGGGCAGGACGACUGGGCAGGCACCUUUAAUGCUUUGUUUUGGGAAAGGCUCAGCUUUCUCUCUAGAAGCAAUUUGAGACCAACUAAAGUAUUGGAAAGGUUUGACUCAAAAAUAAACUCCAAAGUGAAACAUUAUCCUUAACAGGGCACAGAGUGUGCUGACAAACGCCCAGUUCAAUGUCAGUCAUUCGUGCUGAAAGGCCAGGCAGUAUGGAUGUACACAAGUAUUGAAGAGUGCUGCAGUCGUUGGUAUCGUGUUAGUGAAAUGUUUUAUUGGUGUUUGUGCCCAGUGUUAAAUUGACCUUCACACACAAUCUACCCACUUCUUCUCCAUACAUCCAAUUGAAAAGACUACCAACAAAAAUCAUUCACAGUUGAAUGACUGUCUAAUUCAAUAGGUAUGUAAAAAGAGGACAUACUCUCUUCUCUGUCUCUCUCUCUCUCUCUCUGUCUCACACACACACAAUUUUGCAUACAUGUGUACUCAUAAUCUUAAAUUUACACACUUAAAUAUACUUUCACAGACGUUCUCAUGUGCACGCACACAAUGCGCGCGCGCGCACACACACACACGCACACACACACACACACACACACACACAUUCAGAUCCAUGUCUAGUUGCUUGCAAGCUAAUUCUUAGCAAGUGUUAACUGAUGGAUAACAGAGGACUGUUACCAGUGAAAAGGGGAAUACUCCUGAGCUGCAGGUAAGACUCUGGCAAGUAAAAUGGCCCCAUUCUGUGCUCCAUUCAUCUGGAUGUCCUUUGUGAAUUACAAAGUCUUUUGUUGUUAGUUGCAGUAGAGUUCCAUGGGAUGUCCUGACCCACACACACACACGCACACAGGGACUGAACCAAAGCAGUAUAGAAACUGCCCGGUCUUGUGGGAUCAUUUAUUUCACCCAGCACGGGUACAGUGGGUGAAAUACUGAUAACACGAAGAUCAGGAUGAUCACCAUGAGCCAUUCAAGAGGAAGUUUUACAGUGAGUUGGAGGAAAUGGAAGAUGUGGGGCCAUGGGUUCAUUGGUUUCUGUUGGAAAGAUAAGCAAGAAUUCCUUAAUUAUCUUCAUGCCAACCUUUCUGUAUGCUGUCAUUGUAAACAUACACUGACACACAAAAGCGGCCCCCUGUACGCUGAUCUGACCCCUCACACUCUUCGACCCCUCCCUUCCAUAUUCUGCCCCCCCCCCACUCAUAUCCACAAUCCACAUGCAUUGUCCUCCACUCACACAGGCUUUUGUACUGAUUCUUAUGUUCACGCUGGCCCACACAGUGACCUGCAUAUACUGACCGACCCUUAUCCUGACCUCCCGAAUCACUGGGCUUCACCUAAACAAAUGGCAGAUGUUCGGGGUACAUUGGGGGGGAGCUCCAGCCUCCAGAAGCCAACUUUAAUUGGGUUUGUCAUGUGCACGGUCAUAAGGGGAUCCUGAAAGUUUCCCUCUCCCUUUGGACCACGGUGUGAGUUGCCUGAUGUUACCCACUGGUUAAACUUUACUCCCAAUUUCAUUGGAGACAAGUCAGGAGCAGCUUUUCAUGUUUGACUCAGCGAAGAUUGCCUGUUUUAUGGUCGCUUUCAAACGUAAAGGUUCCCUCAGCUGUUUUCCACUGCUGGCCUCCCAAACGUCUGAAGGUGUAAAGGCACAAAAAUACCAUCAAACAUGGUGCAGCAGUAUUCUUUCAUCGGUAUGGAUUGUUACCAAAUCAGAGGAGUUGAAAGCAAGAUCACUCUAGUCACAACUUAAGCUGCUGUCUCUUUGCUAUCCAAGCACUUUUCCUGAAAAAUGAUUGAGUGAGUGGUGCGUUUGCUUGGGCUGACCAGUUUAAAUUGACCGACACAGUUCCUCCACCUUCCGCUAACAUUUGCUUUAUAUUCAUGUGAUUUGUAGCACUGAGCACUGACAACCGUGCACCUGGCCUGCUGAAACCAUGCUCUCGACCGCGGCAUUCUCAAUACCCUCCAGUUAAUUAACUAUCUCCACUUUUAUACUUCACUUCUCCAUGUGAGUGUGAAAACUUUUGCGUUGCGUGUGUGUGUGACGUGACUAUGGGUCCUGUGUAGUUCAAUUUCAUAAGUGCAAGUCAUUUGAUGAUCGGGUAUUAUAGGGUGGUGUGAUAUUAUUCACCGCUAUGGAAUAGUGGUUUUCUUGAGGCUGUAGGAUUGAGUACAGAGAGUGCUAAGUACAUUUAGUGUCGUGUUUAGAGAUAUUAGCACUGAUUGAGAUAUGGGGAGGAACGAAAGAGUUUCUUAAGGUUUGGGGAGAGAAUGGAUCAACGGUUAAGAAUGGGGGAAUGGGUCCAUAACAGACUAAUCAUACCUGGACUUAAUCUUAAGGAACAAAUGCCUAUGCUCUUGCUUCAGAUUUUAUUGUGUUCUUUGUGUAUAAAGGGAAAGGUGAACACUAAGAUAUGGCUAAACCAUUAGGGUUUAGUUCUCUUUCCAAUACAAAAAUACCAUUUUAAUAUCAACACAACUAAAAAGGCAAACGCAGCAGAGUCUACAUCCACAUGCAACUUUUGUCUGUCGAUCGAUGGUUUGAGGAAGUUACUGGAAAAAAAUGUUGACGGUAAUGUUAUGAUUGCAUGCCUGACUUUCAAAGGAGCAAAUGUGCAAUACAUCUCCACUGAAACUGUAUGAUCAAUGUGUAGUACAAUGUAGAGGGUGCAAUGUAAUGUCAAGGAAUAGUUCGGAGUAGAGUGCAGCACCACUCCUGCACAGUACUAGAGGUGUUUAGGGAAGGUGGGUUGGGGGCAGAGGGGUCAGAGGAACACCCUACACUAAUGUCACAAUAUGGCUGUGGGGAGUGCUCCCUGACUCCUUGUGUGGACCAUUGAGAUAAUCCAUAAUGCUCUAAUAAUCUGUAUGUAGAUCAAUCUCAGUCUCAUAUUUCAUUCACUGAAUAGAUUAAUGUAUGCCUUGAGGUUCAUGGGAUUUACCCAGAAUGUAUAAAUCUUGUUGUACUGAAUGUUAACUGCUUGGAGAUGUCUUAUUCUCAAUAUUUACAUUGUAUUUGAUAAUAAAAUAACCCAUUUAUCCGA